AUGAAUCCAUGUAUAACUGACCCAGACCACAUUGUCCCUUCUGACCUAUAUGCGGACUUGCCCCUUUACGGGCGGUAUUCUCCAAAACCGGACGACUUCUGCAUUGAUGUACAGCAUGCCAACUCUCAGUCCACGGGCUCAUUAAAAUACUGGGCUUCAGUACUUGAUCUUUGCGACGAAUCUGUGAGGAUCUACCCAGGUGAUGUGGGUGGUCGUGAUGUGUUCGCCGUUGGCAGUAUCAUUGUCAAGUCAAAUCAUCUCCAUACGCAAGAGAGCGCAGAGAUGGAGCUGGGCUACUCGUAUGCCGAUGCCAAUGAAGUACAGGCUAUUUCAAUUGCGAAGAACGUCCUAAAUGACGUCAAAGUGCCAGAAAUUUACUUCAACAGCAAGAUCAACGAUCGCCAGGUAUCAGUCCAGGAACGGCUUCCGGGUGUUGCGUUGACCGUUGCAUGGCCGUAUCUAUCACAAAGCCAAAAGGAGUCCUUCAAACAGCAAGCACGAGAGAUACUUCGGCAACUGCACUCCAUAAAGCCUACCGAUAUGGGCCAGAUUCGGUCACACGUCGUGCCUGAUCCCAACAUCCUCACCAAUGGACGUAUCCACCCCCUAGAAGCUGAUAUUCUUUUCUCGGGCACCAACACCGACCUAGACUUUGGCUUCAUCCACAACGACUUUACCGAGUCCAACAUCAUAGUUGAUUGA